CUUUUCCAGCCUGAACCGUGUGCCGAGAACUACGGCUCCCGUCGCCCCUCCACCAGCCACGUUCCCACCAGAAUGGACCCCAAAACCUUAAAGGAAGACCUGCGCCUCUACCAGAGCACCCUCCUCCAGGACGGCCUGAAGGAGCUCCUUAACGAGAACAAGUUAGUGGACUGCACGCUCAAAGUGGGAGACCGCAGCUUUCCGUGCCACAGGGUUAUCAUGGCUGCCUGCAGCCCGUACUUCAGGGAGCUCUUCUUCUCUGAGGAUGGCAAGGAGCUGGACAGCAAAGAGGUCGUUCUGGAGAACGUGGACCCCACAAUCAUGGACAUGAUCAUACAGUACCUGUACUCGGCGGACAUUGACCUGACGGACGACAACGUGCAGGAUAUUUUCGUGGUGGCCAACCGCUUCCAGAUCCCCUCGGUGUUCACCGCGUGUGUGAACUACCUGCAGAGGAAGCUCUCCCUGGGUAACUGCUUGGCCAUAUUCCGGUUGGGGCUGGUUCUUAACUGCCCUCGGCUGGCGGUGGCCGCCCGGAACUACAUCGCCGACCGCUUCGAGAUCCUGUCCAAGGAGGAGGACUUCCUCCAGCUGGCUCCUCAUGAGCUCUUUGCCAUCAUCGGUGGGGACUCUCUGAAUGUGGAGAAGGAGGAGGUGGUGUUUGAGUCUCUGAUGAGGUGGAUCAGGAGUGACAAGGAGACGCGAGUCAAGACCCUGAACGACGCCUUCGAAUGCAUCCGCUUCCGCCUGCUGCCGGAGAAGUACUUCAAGGAGAAGGUGGAGACGGACGACAUCAUCAAGGCCGACCCGGAGCUCCAAAAAAAAAUCCGGGUCAUCAAGGACGCCUUCGCCGGGAAGCUCCCCGAGAAGAAGAAAAAGGAGAAGAAGAAGGAAGGAGAGGCGGGAGAGGAGGCAGGUGUGAACGGGGACGCUGGGGAGGAGGACGAGCUUUUGCCUGGUUACCUGAACGACAUCCGCAGGCACGGCAUGUUCUGCAGAGACUUGGUUCUGAUGAUCAAUGACACGGCCGCGGUGGCCUACGACGCCAACGAGAACGAGUGCUUCCUGGCCGCCAUGGCUGAGCAGAUACCCCGGAAUCAUGUCAGCCUGACCUCGAAGAAGAAUGAGCUCUACGUCCUCGGGGGCUUGUUUGUGGACGAGGAGAACAAGGAAAACCCACUGCAGUGCUACUUCUACCAGCUGGACAGCCUUGCUGCUGAAUGGAUCGCUCUUCCUCCAAUGCCCUCUCCCAGAUGUCUGUUUGGCAUGGGAGAAUCCGAAAACCUCAUCUUCGCUGUGGCUGGAAAGGAUCUCCAAACUAAUGAGUCUCUCGACUCUGUGAUGUGCUACGACGUCGAGAAAAUGAGGUGGUAUGAAACCAAAAAGCUGCCCCUGCAGAUCCACGGGCACUCCGUGGUCUCACAUAAUGGCCUAGUGUAUUGCAUCGGAGGAAAGACGGAUGACAACAAAACCAUCAACAAGAUGUUCGUGUACAACCACAAGAAGUCAGAGUGGAGGGAGCUGGCCGCUAUGAAGACAGCCAGAGCGAUGUUCGGGGCCGUCAUUCAUAACGGCAAAAUCAUAGUCUCUGGAGGGAUGAAUGAAGAGGGGCUCACAGCUGCAUCCGAAAUCUACGACAUCGGAGCCAACAAGUGGGAUACCUUUGCAGAGUUCCCUCAGGAGAGGAGCUCAGUGAACCUGGUCAGCAGCGGUGGGGCCCUGUACGCUGUCGGAGGCUUCGCCAUGGUCCAGAUGGAGAACAAAGAAUGCGCUCCCGCCGAGGUCACCGACAUCUGGCAGUAUGAGGAGGACAAGAAACAGUGGGCUGGGAUGCUGAGGGAAAUGCGCUAUGCCUCGGGGUCGUCCUGCGUCCCCAUGCGCCUCAACGCGGCCAAGAUGCCCAAGCUCUGAACACAGCGCCUCAACACCUGUACCCCGGAACCAACACCCUACAGCCCAGAGCACUCUGCAGCACCAGCUCAUUGAUCAGAACAUGUUCUUUAGCUCAGAACUGUGCAUUACAGAUGAGUAGCCUAAGCAGGACACCGUACACUGUGUUUUAAGUGAACUCUUCUCUGUACUCAGCUAGACCUGGGGGAGGGGGGGGGAAGAAACUGCCUCAACACAUAGUUUAAGUUGUUAUUUCUGAUAGAACUUAAUUCCACUGGACUGUUUUAGUGCCUUUUUGUAAAAUAAACAUUUGUAAAUUACA